AUGGGUUCCGUGGUCUUGCCGCACUUGCGCACAGCGUGGCACGUUGAUCAAGCCAUUCUCUCGGAGGAGGACCGCCUAGUGGUUAUCAGAUUUGGUCGUGACCAUGAUGUCGACUGCAUGCGUCAGGAUGAAGUCCUAUUCAAACUCGCCGAGCGUGUGAAGCAGUUUGCUGUGAUCUACCUCUGUGACAUUGACGAGGUGCCAGAGUUCAACACCAUGUACGAACUCUUUGAUCCAAUGACGAUCAUGUUCUUCUUCCGGAACAAGCACAUUAUGUGCGAUUUCGGUACCGGUAACAACAACAAGUUGAAUUGGGUUCUUGAAGACAAGCAAGAAGUGAUCGACAUUAUCGAGACCAUCUACAAGGGCGCCAGGAAGGGCCGUGGUCUUGUUGUUAGUCCGAAGGAUUACUCCACGAGAUACCGGUAUUGA